UUGUUAUAGUACGAUGUCGUGGAAUAUAAACGAACGAUACGUUUGAUUACGUUUGAUAUUGGCGCGCUAUAUGUAACCGACCAAUGACGUUGGACACUAAAUGCAAACAACCAGCUAUUGGCUGGACGCUGUAUCGUGGGGCAAAUAGAGCACACUGUCGUCACGAAAGGGUUCAUUUCCACUUAUAUCACACAUCUUCAAAGACGGCUCGACGAACGGCGGACGCCCGAUAUCGCGACAGCCUAUUCCGCUCACGUGUCGCACGUUAAAUUACAGUGCCCACCCUACAUGCAGUGUCGCUCGCCCUAUCCAUAACGCUAUGAAAAUCUGGACGUCAGAGCAUACCUUUGAUCAUCCUUGGGAGACGGUAGCGCAGGCUGCAUGGAGAAAGUAUCCAAAUCCUAUGGUGCCUUCGGUUAUUGGAGCGGAUGUCAUCGACAGAGAAGUGAUCAACGGUGUUCUCCGUACCCACAGACUCGUCGUUUCUACCCAAUGGGGCUUUCCUAAAUGGACGCAAGCGUUAAUCGGCUACGCGAACUUGUGUUAUGCCAGCGAGCGCAGCGAGGUCGAUCCUGUGAAUAAGCAAAUGAUCCUUAGAACGCAUAAUUUAACCUUCGGUAAUUAUAUCGCUGUAGACGAAGCUGUCAGAUAUACGCCCCAUCCGGAUGAUCCCACCAAGACGUUACUCACACAAGAAGCGGUGGUCACCGUCCGAGGGGUACCACUGACCAACUACAUGGAGGAUCUCUUAGCUUCAAAAAUCUCCUUCAACGCGAGCAAAGGUCGACAAGGGUUGCAAUGGGUGAUCAACAAGCUCGAAUCCGAGAUGAAGGAGUUUGCCUGAAAGGCCCGGCCGCCGUCGCGAAACUUCUAAACUGCCGCUAUCAGCACAACACGAGCGCCGGCGUCGAUAGGGAGCGGCAACUUCUAGAUCGAACGAUUACGCGGAUCAGAAGAACAUUAACGUCCCGGGCUUCGUUAGAAACGAGCAGAUGAUUCGCCGCGAGCCAUGUAGAUCGCCUAACUGAAUUUUGCGAAACUUGUUACUAACCGGUUUGCAUGAACGUUCUCUUUGAAGAGCGAUUGCCUCCGCAACAGUACACUUGGGUCCAGACUUGCGAGGAUCUGUCCACGGACGGGUGAGAUAACGACUGAUAUAGAAAUACGAAAAUACAUAGAUUUAAUUAAAACGAACAAGUACAAUGGUUGACAUGGCGAUUGGAUGGCAAUAAUUCCAAUGUUUCGAUCCGUAUAUACAUCUGUCAGCAGAUUACUGACCCGUAAUGUGUGUUCGUAUGAAUUUACUUACACUUAGACAAUUUAAAAUAUGUGAAUAUUCAUCACAGUUUAGGAAAUUCAAAAUUAAUAGUAUUUA